AUGGCUCUGAGAACGACAUCAGAUGGUUCUUUGCCAGCGACAAAUGAAUCGACUCCAGCAUCGAAUGAGCUUCUGUUAUCAAGAGAUAAAGCUACAUCGGCCAUAUCCUCUGCUACGCCGGCACCCGUUUUUGGAAUUCCACAAAGCCAUGAUGAACCCACACCCAUGCUGUCGUCAGACGCUUCAUCUCAACAGGAGCUAUCACACUCAGGACAAACUCCAGCGUGGGAUCCAAGCCAUGAUCAAGACCAUCUCCAAUCUCCCACAGAAGUCGGUUCUAUAGAACCGUUCUCUGCCCCACCUGCCAGAAGUCAGUACGCAGCGGGGAUAGAUAACGAAGGAUCUGCGGACCGAACCCAGCACGACGGUAAGUUCAAUGAGUCGGGACCAUCCAACGGGGAAGCAGAGCAUGGCAACUCGUUCCGACCAGUUCAAGGAAACACCCUUGACACGGGAGAAAACGCGGGCGAAAUCCAACCGGCACAUAACGACCGAAGCAAACUGCCGGAGAUGGUGAUAGACCGGGACGAAACAGGAGAACACACUUGGCAGGCCCAACAGCCAUCUGAGGAUCUGCAGCCGGAUCUUCACCACCUCAUCACAUCCAUCGAAGCUGUAUCGCAGGCCCUGCAAUUCAACACACGCGACGGUGGUGAACCCCUUGUGAUUCUCUCUCCACCGCUACCAACUUACCAUUCUCUCACUAUUACUCUUCAUCGCGCACUUUCCCGCCUUAUACAACACUUUAACAGCGCCCUGGAAUCUCAAGAUGCGCAAAUCAACAACUCACAACUCUCAUCCCGCGACCCGGACGCAGAUCCCUUCCGCACCCUCUACCACCAAGAAAAGCAGCUCCGUCUCGCCGCAGAAGAAAAAUUCUCCGCCUUUAAAUCCACCGCCUUAAAAAUGUACCAACCAGACCUCGAGCGCAAAAACCGCCUUCUCACCACCUCACUGCACAACUCACAGGACGAAACCAUCCUCCUGAAGGAACACAUCGCCGAUCUACGCACCACCAUCGAACACUGGAAAGCCGAGGCCGACAUGCAGCGGCUUGCGCACGAGAAGACAAUUUCAGCGCGAGACGCCGAGGCCACGCGUUUGAGAGAAGAAAUGCUAGCGCGUGGCCAGGAGUACGGGGAGAAAGCGCGAGAUGAGAAGUACUGGGAUGUGCGGGUGCUGCAGGAUAGGAUUGGUGGGCUUGAGCGCGAGGCGGAGCAGACGGAUGUUUUGUUCCGGGCUGCGAAGAGGGAGAGGGCGCGGUUGGAGGAGGAAGUUGGUAGGUUGGUUGCGCGGGAGGAGAGGCGCGCGGGGGAAAGUGAGGGAUGGGAUCGUGGGUGGGGGGCGGGUUUGUACGAUUCUUCGUCUUCUGAAGAUGGGGAUGGGGAGUUUGAUGAGGGUGCGGGUUGGUGUACGCGUGUGCCCCAAGAUAAGACAUAUGUGCCGCGUUGCCAGAUGCCAGAGGCGGUUGCGAAGCGGCAUGUGCAGAUAGAAGAAUUCCGUGCGAAGCAGAAACAAAUUAGGGAAGAUGGGAAGCGCGUUGAUGUUGUUAUGGAGAAGGUUGUGGAGUGGGCGAUGGGAGCUGUGUAUCCACAGAACUUGGACUCUUGGAGGGAGGUGAAGGAUUUAAACAGUUGGAGUCUGUGGGGAGGUGAGGAUUGGUUGGAGAGGGAGGCUGAUGUGGAUGACAAGAAGCACGUGGAGGAGUUGAAGCGGAUGGGUAAGGUGGGCUCUGGGAAGAGAGCUUGGGUGGGAUUAGUACUUCCUAGAGGAACGUGUUGAUGUGUUGGUGCCGCUUUUCUGAUAUUCGGGUAGCUAGUUCUUAG